AUGGGAGCCUGGGACGAAGCCGAAUUGUUGGACUACAAAUAUGAGCAUGAAAUUGCUUAUGAAGUAUGUCAUCAGUCAUCAGAAGAGGAACUGUCGACAAGAGACAAUGAUGAAAAGGACGUUAUGCAGGAAGACGAGAGCGAAGAUGACGGCGCCAGUACGUCAAGUGACUGGCCCCCAUGCAGAUGGAGGUACAAGUGCCAUGGUCGCUAUAUCUUCACGGUGGACGAAGAUGCAGAGAAAAUGGUUGAAGCUCAAGAACGAGCGGUUAGAAGGAUGAUUAGAGAGGAUGAAUUAAAGUUAGUUUUUAAAAAUUUUUUGAAAUUUCUUACAGAAGGCGGACAUUGUUAAAGUCGGUAUCUCAGAAUUUAGCGAAAGUUGGUUGCAUGUCAUUUCUAGUUUUUGGUGAUAAUUACAAAGAAGUUAUACAGUUCAAAAAACACAACUGAAAUCGAUUUGCGCUAAAAUAGUGAUCCGUUUUCUCGAUUAGUCUUUCUUUUUUAAGUAUAUCUUUUUUAAGGAAAAAUGUUACAGUAAAGUAAAAAUGUUACAGUAAUAUGGUAAUUUUGGGAAAACACAAAUACGCGAUUUUUUUUGCCUGUCAGUGGAAGUUGACCAAUUUGCGUUCAACUCUAAGACACCGGUUUUAGCAAUGUCCGGGCCAACUAAGAUCUGUAAAAAAAGCGUUUUAAAACAACGACGAGGAAACGUUAUUUUUGAAAAAUUCACGGAUUUUUUUUAGGAUUUCGAAAGAAAGUUUUCCGAAGACACGUGACACCGCUUUUAGUUGGUAUGUGAGGGCUUAUCAUGCAGAAAGGGAACACCACCUAGAAGAUGGGUAUACCUUAACCUAUGACAGUAAUUGGAUAAUUCGCGACUACAUUGUGUAUAUCCCAUGUGAGAACGGUGUCCGCAGGGCGAAUCGGUUGGUAAGAAGGUUGGCUAGGAGCUAUUCGAAGGCUAUGAAUACAAUUGAGGACAGAAUGCUCCGAUUUUACGAAAGGUAAGCCAACCUCAACAAUUUGUAAUAUUAAGUCAACCUCUUUUUUUUGUUUGUUUUUUAGUAUAUCUCGGCUUGAUUCUUGCAGAAAUUAAUGCCAUAAUAUCUUAAUUUUUAGUCGCAAGCCUAGCCAAGAACACACAAAUCAGCUAAAUCAUCUUCUUGAAGUUCUUAAUAAGCAGUUACCACCCCAUUUCGAAGGCUAUUCUGUGGCCCCUUAUGGUGGAAGUCACAACGGUUUUGGAUCACGUUUAUCUGACAUGGACGUUACCUUGAUAAGUCCGACGUUGUAAGUAUUUUCUUCUAAAUCCAUAAAUGCUUUGGAAAAUAUGUAACGAUUAUUUUUUUAGCCAAAAAAAACUGCCAAAAGUCACAGAUGUUUUAAAAAUCCUUGAAAUGUCAGAAAAUGUGGCAGAAUCUGGGCUAGCAGAAGUUGAUAAUUUGGAGGAAAAAGGAGUAAGUAUACCCUGAAACUAGAUUUUGGUUGGCUUGAUCGUUUUAAUUCCAUUUUUUCAGGUUCCGCUGGCAAAACUGAUUUUUGAGCAUGGUCUGAGGACAGAGGUAGACUUGACGGUCCAAAACUUCAGGGGUGUUAUCAAUACAAAAUUGUUAGCAAUAUAUUCAAGGUUUGUUUUAAUCUUACAUUUAAUUGGCGCCCAGUUUUGAAUUUGGAAAAUAUUAAAAAUAUAUUUUUCAGAAUUGACAACCGAGCUGCGCAACUUUUGAUGACCAUUAAAAAGUGGGCAAAAACGAAUCAAUUGCACGGUGGUGCCUUACGUCGUUACAACACCUACACCUUGGUUAUACUGGUAAUCAAUUUUCUGCAGAAGGGGGUGUAUCCGGAAAUAUUACCCGUUCUGCACGAGAUGAUUCCGGACUUGCAUUGUAAACUAAAGGACCAUUCAAUUGAAGAGAUUGAAUCACAAUUUAAAUGGGGUAAGCAGUUUUUUUUGCAAUGCGCUUAAUGUAAUGUAUUUUUAAAAAAUUUUUCAAAAACCUUAUAUUUUCAGAUUCAUCCAAACAGGAAAUGGGACUUUCGGAGCUAUUGGUCUCGUUUAUGUCAUAUUACGCCAUGUACGACUUUUGUGAAUGGAGUGUGGAUAUCCGAUGCACCGAGCUAAAAAAUCGAAAUUCUUUGAUGUUUAAUGAGUAUGAGGAUCGUGGUUGUCCUUUGAGUAUUCGGUGCCCAGUAGAAGGAAGGUGCCCUACUCGAAGUGCUUCGGCUGAGUGCUACGCAGACUUUAGAAAAACUGUUAAUGAGUUCAACCGGCUAAUUUGGACAGAACUUUGCGAUAGACCCAACCAUUGUCAAGAAGAGAUUAUAGAGAAAGUCUUCUUGACAUUAGGAAUUUAG